UAGCGUUUCGUUAAGGUGGAAGACCACAACCUGGUGGUGCUUUGUUUCUAUUUCGGCAUCUAUCCCCAUUAAAAGCCGUCUCUGCUGUUCAGAGAGUGGCGGCAUUGACAUAGUAGGAUAUCUAUAUCUGUUGCAGCUUUGCGUAGGCACAUUCUUUCCCACCCGACGAGAACACGCUGGACAUAGAGGCGGUUACAACGACGCGAGGCCACCUUAAAUCACAUGCUGACAUAACAAGAACACUGCUCUCCUCCCACAUCCGAGAAGGGUCUGUUAAGAGGUGUCUCACCUUCCCGACUGCGCUCUUAUUACCACGAAAGACGCCGGUGUGCUAGCAACGCGCCGGAGCAUCUUAGGUCUUCGCUGCAGCUCCUUAUUGGUCAGGAGGUCCGGUGCGUAACGUCGCGCGCUGGACAAGCACAGACGGGCCCGCCAGAGAAUUUACAGGGAAACCGUGUGGAUACUCAAGUGUUGUUGGAUUUAUCUGAGUGUUUUUUGGGGCUUUUACAUUUACAUGCCAAAGCUGGGGAAACACACUGGAACACAGCGGACUUCAGCGCGAAGCUUUAAAGUUCUCGCCACAAUAAUUGGUUAUCGGAUGGACCAGCACCCCAGCGCCCGGAGCUGCACCAGUCGCGGGGCUUCGUCCUGCGAGGCCGUCCCGACUGAGCCCUCCAUGAAUCUGUACAUCCACUCCACCACCGGCACACGCUUUGAGCUCUCCCUGCCCCUGGAGGAGACCGUGGAGGGACUGAAGAGGAGGCUGUCGCAGAAACUCAAAGUACCAAAAGAGAGACUCGCUCUGCUACACAAAGAAACGCGACUAAGUUCGGGCAAACUCCAGGACCUAGGUAUCUCUGAUGGGAGCAAGUUAACACUUGUACCAACCGUUGAAGCAGGAUUAAUGUCUCAAGCAUCAAGACCAGAACAGUCCGUAAUGCAAGCCUUGGAGAGCCUAACAGAAACUCAGGUCAGUGACUUCCUGUCCGGCCGCUCCCCCCUCACCCUGGCACUGCGUGUCGGUGAUCACAUGAUGUUCGUCCAGCUCCAGUUGGCGGCGCAGCAGUCCGGUGGUCCCCAGCUCCAGCACAGACACGUCAUCACCCGGGGCAAUGCAGAAACGGCAAUGGGACAGCCCACUGGGCAGCCCCGUGUUCCCCACCCUCACCCCCACUCCCACCACCCCCAUCAUCCACACAGUCACCCCAGCCCCCACUUGUCCCAGCCUCACCUGGUACCUUCCUCCCCCUCUUCCCCGGGCUCCCCUUCCUUCCCCCUGCCCUCCACGCACCACCAGCCACUCCCUCCCAUGUACCACCAGUCGCCCUCCUCCGCUCACUGUAGCCCCCCAACUCCUCCUCCUCCACCCCACUCCCCUCGCCCAUCCCACAUCCCUGGAGGUCUUUUCCGCUCUCCAGCCCAUCACCAUCAUCACCACCACCACUACCACCAGCCUUCCUCAGGCCAACCCAGCCAAGACAUCGGCCAGGCCAGCCCUGUAGCCCCCGUCCUCUGCCCUGAGGCUAACUGCAGCACCAACAGCCCCAACAGUGGCACCAGUCCCUCAACACGCUCCCGUAAACCAGGCGCCAUCAUUGAGAGCUUCGUCAACCACGCUCCAGGAGUCUUCUCAGGGACCUUUUCAGGCACUUUGCACCCUAACUGCCAGGACAGCAAUGGGCGUCCCAGGCGAGAUAUUGGUACCAUCCUUCAGAUACUCAACGACCUCCUGAGCGCCACACGCCACUACCAGGGCAUGCCCCCCUCCCUGACCCAGCUCCGCUACCAGACCCAGUGUGGUUCAACCACCUCCCCAUCCCCCUCACCGCCUCCUUCGCCCCCAGUUGCCGGCAUGACGGGCGUCUCUGCCAAAGCUACCUCUGUGCCCGCCAACAGCCCUAGCAGCCCUCCACCGACUCUUCAUCCACUUGUGCAGUGCCAGAGCCAGAUCCGCAUGUGCAAACCCCCUGGUGACCGCGUGCGUCAGACCGAGAACCGUGCAACUCGCUGUAAGGUGGAACGUCUGCAGCUGUUGAUGCAGCAGAAGCGCCUGCGCAGGAAGGCCCGGCGGGACCAGCGCGCCCCUUAUCAGUGGCUGCCCAACCGCAAGGCCGGACGCAGCAACAGCAACAGCAGCAUGUCCAGCGAGGGCUCCCUGGACCUGGACUUUGACGAUUCAGUGUGGAAGCCCGACGUCAAGGCUGACUUGAAGUCUGAGUUUGUCAUGGCCUGAACCGUUUGAUCCCACACGCUGAGGAAUAUAUUAAAAGAUGUGCAAAGCGUUGCCUGGGAUUUACUUAAAGAUAUAUUUUAAAGGAGUGGAUUGGCAGGAGGUGACGCAGAACUGUGCAAAGGUCAUCAAGGUUGUCCUUGUGACUGGCGUCUGUCACAUGAAAAAAAAAAAGGCUCCCUGCAGACUUUAAUCCCAUUCUGUCAUUCACAGUUGACCUUGGGGGGAAAAAACAGCAACAAUAGCAACAGAACUUUCUUUUGAUGCUUGGAUUUGGACAGGCAACAACCAGACUUAAUAUACAAGACUUUUUACGGUAUGAUUACAAAGAGUGUACCUGAACUUGAGCAUAGCAGAAGUGGGUGGUGGUGGUGGUAUUUUGUUUUCUAAGAUUUUGUUUUCUAAAGCACACUCUGGACAGCAAUGAAGAGAUCCACACUGGACUUAUUAACAAGACAGGAGCACCAGAGGCCUCAGUGUUUCCUAAUCGCAAGAAUGGCAGAACUGCCGAGCUAUGGAUUAUUCCAAAGGGCAUUCUUAUCGAUCUCAAAACUCACCAACCAGAGUGUAGUUUCUACCUGUUACGGGGUGGUUAAACUCUUUUCUUUUUUUUUUCAUUUUGAAACAUAUUAUAUUUUAUAAACACAAAAUAUGUAGCAUUGUUCACAAAGCAUUCAGGUUUUCAUAUAACAGUUCAAAGUAGUUGUUGAUUUGCACAUUGUCUUGAUUUAUAACAGCUGGUCAAAUGCGUGCAAGGAGGAGGAGGUGGGGCCUGAAAUAGAAUAAAAAAUGAAUAUGGAAGUAUUGAUAUCAACCUCAGUGACAUAGGGUAUCGAUGGGAAUGAUUAAUGAAUAAACAAAAUGAAUUAAUAUUAACAGAAAGUGCUUUAGAGGAUUUUAAAAUCUUUAAAAUGUAUAUGGGGAAAAAAAAUCUAUUUUUUAUUUCUCUUCCUAUCUGCUGUUUUCAAAAAACAGCAUCCCUCUGUGGCUUCAGUCAAGUCAUUGACUACCAACAAAUGCAUACAUCAAUUCAAUCAUUCAACAUGAUUGACUAUCAUGAAUAACAGUCGUCUAGCCACAACAAAUGAUACAGAAAGAUAAAUUUCACCCAGCCCACCUCAUGUCUUACAGACCUGAAUGGACUUGUUGAGGGUUUGUAUAAGUUUGUGUACAUAAAUGUGAUAAUUGGCAAAGGUUUAUGAGGGUGUGUGUUUGAUUUUACUGUAAAUUGAUUUAGAAUAUCCCAUGUUUUUGUCCCGAGUUGUCUUCUCCCAAAUAUCCCUCUGUAGUUUCUCAAAAUCAUGAAGAUCAGCGGCAGUGACUGCAUAGGUCACUACUAUAUAUCACAACAGUAUAAAAUGUCAAAUUCUUAGUUGGUUCCCAGUUCUAAGCCCAUCUGAUGUGUACCCUUACCACAAGUCCUCAUAAUAAUAACUAUUUUUUUAUUGGCAAAGAGGGAGAAGAAGUGGGAUCUGUAUCCAGCAUCAUUAUCUAGUGCCUCCACCAGAACAUCCAUUGACAUAUCAGGUUAGGCCUUUCACAGUUCCGCUGCUACACAUGGGGACUUCAAAUAAAAAAAAAAAAGCUAGAGGGAAGAAGUGACUUUUCUUUGCAUGCAGAAGUGUGAAUUACACUGAUCUCUUUUCUAUUGAUGGAAGAAAAAAAUAAGAAGAAACUGGUGCUGUGGGAAUGAAGGUUAACAACAUGCAUGAAUUUGUGAAGAAAAUAAACAAUGCUGCUUUUGUUGGUUAGGUUUUUGUAAUUUUUAUUUUUUCAAUGUUAGAACAACGGUGUCCCGCUAAACGUAGUGUGACGCAAAAAAACCCCAAAACAGAUGAAGUUAAGUGUGGACUCGCGUCUUGCUCAGCACUGAACAUUCCUGUUGUGUGACAAUGAAGAUGAUGAUGAGCAAAGAGCAACUGACUCUCUCUCUACUCCACUAACACUGGUUUUAACCCCCAUGACUUUCAAGGACCCAGACAGCCCAACUGUUUAGCCACCUCCCCUCCUCCCAGCCUGAACGCCAACCCGAGGCUUGUGCGGACGCACUCUCGCAGGGAACCAACAGACCAGCGGAUUUACAGGACUGUUGAGAGAAGCAUCUGGUCUGUCUCUUUAUCUGUCUGUCCGUCUGAUCGAUCGACCACCCUACCACAAUUGCACUCCCAGAGAUUGCAGUGAGAGAUUACCUUUUUUGGUGAACCUCAUCUUUUUUUUAAGUGGCCUUACCUUUCACUAAAAAAAUGAGACAUUUGGGGACAAUGGGAGCGGGAAUGUUUUGUUUUUUGUUUUUUAAACUUUCUGUGUGCGUCGUUGUCGGACUUGUUGUCAUCAAGGCGCCAUUUUUGUCACUGAGGACACUGGGCAUCUGUUGUUUAGUGCUUUUAGCUGGUGGAGUCUCUAUUAUGUCAAGGCUUCUGUGCCUUAAAAAUGUUGCCCUUGCUGUGUCAGUGUCAGAUUUAAGCUUGUUUUCAUUGGUUGAUACACAGGGCUGUAGUAUUCGCAGCCAUGAAAGUCAUAGAUUUUAGGGGUAAGGCUUGUUUGAGCGAAUCAGAUACUAUUUAAAAGUUGGUGUUGUUCCUCAAAUACAGUCUUGGUCCCAUUUCUUUGUUGUGUUGCCAUGCUCGUUGGUCUCCGUUGUCCAAACCUCACAUCCCUCUAAACUCAGUUGUCCCACCAACAAGCUGCAAAAAGCUACAAAUCUGUGUAACUUAUGUUAACUGAGGUUUACGCCAACAGCCCUGAUUCAAAAUAAGAAAGGUCCUCUGAGGACUCCAGACUACAUGCACUUCCUGUUUCCUUCGAUACAACAUUAUUAAAGGACAAUAUAUCCCCUGCCCCUCUCAAAUUUUAUUUAAAUCUUUUUUCAUUUUGUAUAUGUAUGAACUAUACUCUGUGUGUGCCUCACUUCUGUGUGAAACUCAAAAAGAUGAAACAAAACAAAAAAGAUGACAAAAGCAUUACAGAGAGGAUAAAAAAACAGUAUGUUGGUGGAAUUCUGAUCACGUCAUUUAAGUUGCCUGUUCUUUCUUGUAGCCAACUAUUGAAAAUAACAGGAUUCAAGAAUACAAUUUACAAUGUUCUAGCUCUAGACCGGUGUAGCACAUGUGUGACUGUAUUAAUUUAUGAAACCAAAAUGGUAACUGUGAAUUAUGUAUUUCUUUGUGCAUUUGUUUUUUUUAAAGCGGGGGAGAAGGUUGUCGGGACAUGGCAACAGCUGAUGCUCGUGUCCGAAAAAAACUGUUUUUGGUGGAAAA